GUCGUCAACAAUUCCUCUGAAAUUUCAGUGACCAUUCAAAUCAGAUUGUAUUCAAAUGGAAAUAUCUGCGACCCUGUGUCGUAUGGGGAUACAUAUAAAUGUUAGAGAGGUCUACAGGCGAAUAUCGUGUUAUUGAUCAUGCAAAUUAUUUACUAGUUGCACAUUUGAUGCGAUGAGUAAGUGUGGUGUCAUAGCCGCCCUGUGUUUACUCGAUAUCGCCAAAUGAACAAGGAUUGAUUGUUCACAAGGUUCGCAUAACGCCAACCCGUGCGGUGCAGGGCUAAAAAAUGCAGUUUUUAUUUAUUUAUCUCAAGACAUUUGUGACCUUGUGACAUCAUUUUGCAGAUAUGAUUCGGUUCGACUGCGCAAUUUGUGGAAAAUUUAAACAGCUCAAACCAGCUUCAGAGAAACACGAAGCUCGAGGAGAAAGUGAGAGAGCGAGAUGUGUACAAGGUGCAAAGUGCCCCAAAAUACAAGUUGGCUGGGCGGAGAACCAGCAGGACAUGUGCUCACUUGAUUUAUUUCAUUUCUCUUUUCCAAAUAUUUUUUAAUUUUUAUGCAAGUGAAUUAGAAAAUACGUUAUUUUGUGCAUAUAGAGAAAAUUACUAAAGUUUUUGUGCAUCCUGAAGGUCUCCCACGAAGGGACGUUGUUGACUGCACAUAGAGCAAAGAAACAGAGACGAUGGGAAAAUCCGGUCGACACAAGAAGUUGAAUCGAGCCGAAAAGGCCAAGACACAAUUGAAGGGGGGUGGGGUCAAAAAGAAAUUGGGCAAGGCAGCCAACGUUGUGAACCCUACAUUGCGAGUUAAAAGGAUCGUCAUUCGAGAACAGCUGACAAGCGCACCCAACCAACAUGAAGAUGUCGCCAUUACGAGAAGACAUCAAACUUUGUCGGAACUGCUAUCUACCCUUCAUCACCACAACACAAACUUGAGAAAGGAUGCACUACUCGGCCUGCUGGAGAUUGUCACGGGACAGAAUAAUUUAAUAUUUUUGAAACGGAACUUGGACAAGAUUCUGGAACGUGUUGCAGCCCUCACGUCCGAUCUGGAGGGGAUUGUGAGGAGAGAGAACCUUAAGGUCGCUGAGGCUAUUUUCCAAAGGAUUGAGGAACAUGAGAUUCAACCCUACUGGAACCUGCUCCUCACUCAUCUACAGUGCACUCUGACCCACUUGAACCCCACCGUCCGUUACUCCACCCUCCCUUUUUUCCACCUGCUUGUUGGCUACUUUCCAAACCUUGUGGCCCUGUCAGGGCAAACACUGCUGCCCUCGUUCCUCAGCCUCAUUUCAUCGGCAGCAACAACCUCAGCAGCAGGAGAUCAACAAACCCCGUUAGCGGGGACGACGACGGGCAGUCACCUCAGGGUAGAAAUAUCUGGGAGGAAAGAUCAAGUUCAAGAGCGGCUCAAGGUUUUUGUCCUCAUCGACACCUGCCUUCAGUUAAGGAGGGAAAAAUAUGUGCAGAAAAUGGGGGAAAUCCAUUGCCAGGCUCAACAACUGACAUUUAGCAGUGAGGGAAAUGAAAAUUAUGUGCGUCCCCGGUUUAACUUGGAUAGAAAUUUGGCGACGACAGAAGAGAAGAUUGACAUAUUCUCCCCCAACACUGACAUUACGGCUGGAUUUGUUGGCCAGCACGAAAUGAUAUCUUAUUCUUCUGCCACAUCCAAUAACCCAACUAGACAACUGUUGUACUCUUGUGGAUACGGUAGCACUACCCCCACGACUGCUGAAGCAACGAGCUCCCCCUCCCUCUCUGAAAUCAUGAGUGAAGGAAGCUCCCCUGUACGAAAUCAUAACGUUACUGGCUCCCUACAAGACGGAGAGAAUGGAUUCUGGCCUAUAUUUGCCCAAUCUUGUCUAUCUUGCUUGACGGAAACUUGGAUUGAGAGUUGUCCUUCGGCCCCUGCUGCUUCGUCGCUGGUACUGGCUUCCAACACCUUGAAGUUACCAAGUGGUGUGAAAGGAAGCGAUAAGGAGAAGACGAAGAAGCUGAGAGAUGGAAAACAAGGCAGAUUCUUGGAUCCAACAGGUCGUCGUCUUCCUGAGGUUUCAUCCGCCAAGAACUCCAACUCCAUGAUGACGAGUUCUUCGGUCAACCUAUCUCCGGCUUGUGUGGACACGUUAAAAAUUAUUGUGAAUGUCAUGGUCCAAAUCGUAAUGCCAGCUAUCGCCACUCAGACCAAGGUUGCCGGAUCCUCCAGUUCCAUGAUGGACGAUCGUGAUAAAAGUGACAAGUCGAGGAAUGACUUUAUUCAACUCGUUGGUGCUACGAAGGGGGCAGACUUGAAGAAGCAUUUUUUCUCAAAUUUACCAUUCGUAUCCAUUCACGAUUCCAACAAACAAGCCGUCACAACGAUCAAUCUCAACCUCUUUUGUCUGGCCGCACAACUUGGACUAGUGGAUGCAGAACGGAUGGCACGAUUUGAAAAUUUGAUUAAUGAACUGAUUCAAGGAGGAAGUUUAGAUUCUGAGCAAAUCCAACUCAUCCUGCGUUUUCUGAGCUGUGUGCAGCCAAAUCUGAAUACAAUGGCGUUAGAAGGCAAAACAAGACACAAGAUGAGGAGAAUGAAUGGUGGCUUGGGAGGUGAUGAGAGGAUGCAACUUGAAGCUUCAUCCCUUUCAACAGAUUUUAUCUGCUGCGUUCUCUCUUCGAAGGAUCAUCGGAGAGAAAUUUGCAAGUACUUGCAGCGUAUCCUGCGACCAGACAACACAAACUUGGAGGAAAUGGCUCUUAUUAAGAGUUUAAACUGGGACGUGGUCACCAUCAAACUGUUUAGCAGCUUCAGUCGAAUCAGUUUCAAGUGGUUAAACCUUCUGACUCAUAUUUCCAUCCGCCGCCUCGGCAAAAUUAAACGCCAAUUGUUGGACAAAAUGGAAUGGUUUCAAGUCCAACUGAACUCUCCCUCUACGUCCAUCGCUAUUUGGAACGAGUCAGUCCGCCUCUUUUGGUAUGCCUGUGCCCUGUCCGAAUUCAAAAAUGAAUUUCAGGAAAGCAUAUUGCUUCCACAAAGUGUCAGAGAUUCCAUUGAGUCAUUGGAGCGUAGGGAUAUUGAGGGUUAGAUAAGACUAAUUGUAAGAUACGCAUGGAGAGGCCGAAAACUUACAGAAAAUUUUGCGUUAGAACUUAAUUGAAGAAUUGUGUAUUUAUUAACGAUUUUGAGUGAAGUUUUAUAACGGUCCCAAAUGUUGAUAAAAUUUCAGAAUAAUUUCUUACA